CGGAGGGCUUUAACGCACUUAUUGAAACCUUUAGUUUUCAAAAAUCCGACACGGCCGCCCUUAAAGUGUCAUUAACUGGGCCGUUUACUUAAAUGAAUUUUGUAAUUUCGAGAAAUCAGGCAGAAGUCAUAGAAGCAAAACGGUAAAGAGAAGUAGUAGGAAAAUCUGUUAUAGUUCCUUGAUUGUGUCGAAGAUCGCGCAAUCGGUCUGUUCGAGUGUCGCCCGAAGGACACAUGAGAAUGUGAAAAGUCGGUAUUGCGCAAGGUACAAUAAAAGUAAUGCAAACGAAGCUUAAAGUAUAACGGGCGCCUCCACUCGGUCGUCUCAGGUCGAACAGAUGUUUGUCGUCGCCUUGGCUCGGGACGGCAACAAAGAUGGCGUCGGCCAAGCUGAGUAGUAGUGGCCGUUUUUGAUGGGCGGUUUGACAAGUGGCGGUAUUCAUUGCGUGAGAGAGCCAAGUGAAACUUGAACGUUCCCUGUGGAAGAAAAAUUUGUAAAGAGCGCGAAAGACACCCUAGUAGUAAAUAUGCGAGCGGCUUCAUGGAGAAUAUGAGCGAGGGAGUAAAUAGCGAGAUUUCGCCGCCGUCGACGACGACCACAACGACGACGACGACGACGACGACUACAAUCACUACGACUACGGCGACUUUGGAUAAUGUCGAGGAAGAUAAGGUCUCAUCCUCUGCCUCAUCUACGACGUCGGACGCGACGUUGACCUCUGUCCCUACGACAUCGUCAUCAGAAGGUGCAGCAACAGUAGAAACAUCCGAGACAACGAUCGCCUCACCGCCACCGCCGACGUCUACGUAUACAGGACGACGUCCGCGAUUUGGUACAGGCUUAGCACCGUCGUCUCCUUAUGUUUGGAUAGACGGCAAGCAGGUCAGGAGUGCCCUGGCAUUUCGUAAAAAAUGGCCGCCCAGGAGGGUCAGCUUUCCUUCAAACGACACUCACCUCGUCACUGGGUACCUGGAGCCAGCCAAUCCCUGGGAACAUGCGGAGAACGUGAGCCGCGAGGACUUGAUAUCAACGUACAAGAAGUCCUGCUUAAGGCACAACACGGAUCCUCUAGAAAGCGUUAUAAAGCAGUUACAGAAAUUGGACAUCAAUCAGGAACGUUGCCAUGAGUUGAGUCUGAAUGGAGAAACAUUGGAGCAGAACCACUGCGAGCCACUGGAGGAAAUUCUGAAAAGAGUUCAGUUCAACAAGAUCGACCUCGAGGGCACGUCUCUGGACGAUGAGAGCUCCGUAGCACUUUUCGAUAUGCUGGAAUAUUAUGAGUCUGCUACGCAUCUCAACAUAUCCUGCAAUAAAAAUAUUGGUGUACGUGGUUGGCAGGCUUGUUCGCGUAUGAUUAAAAAGACUCAGUGCUUGGAACAGCUUGAGGCUAAGAAUGUCACUCUGAACGAGCAGCACAUGCCUAUACUCAGCCGUGCAUUACGACUAGGAUCACAUCUGCAUAUUCUAAAGCUGGAAAAUUGUGGACUGGCUGGAAAACCAAUUGGCAUGCUAGCUGGUGCUCUCAAGUUCAACACCGGCGUUAAGGAACUUUAUCUGGCUGACAAUGAUCUCGGGCAUCAAGAUGCCAUGCAGUUGGGCACACUUUUACGAACAAACAAUCAUUUACAAUUACUGGAUGUUAGUAAUAAUAAUAUACAAGACGUAGGCAUGGGACAUAUUACGGAUGGCUUGAUUGAACAGCUGAACGAUGAUAAGGAUGGCAAAGGACUAGGUAUCCUUGUACUCUGGAAUAAUCAUUUAACUAAGAAUUCCUCUCAACAUUUCUCUAGGGUUAUAGCAAGAUCCAAGACGCUGGAGACUCUGAAUAUCGGUCAGAACAUUCUUACGAAUGAGAUGCUCUUUAUAAUAAAGGAUUCCCUGCAACAGAAUCGCACGUUAUUUCAAUUGGGCAUGCAGUCGACUCACCUAACUUGCGAGGGUGCCAUUGCCCUGGCUGAAAUAAUCGAGGAGAACCGUGUCUUACAGAGGAUAGACUUGCGCGAUAACGUCAUUCAAAGUACUGGGCUUAAAGCACUUUCAACGGCUAUGAAGAUAAAUCGCAAUGUUACGCAGUUAGACCUGGACGACAAACCUCGUGUAAAAAUUGACAUGAUGCUACAUCAAUACCGGGACAUGGUGGCCGAAAUCAGGAGUUUCUGCACCAGGAACGAGGAGCCAUGCUCAACGGAUAACAGCACCGAGGACUCCGAGAGUCCACAGCAUCGCAGCAGACUCUCCAGCGUGAACUCCCGUAAGAUCUCGCUGACGUGUCAGACGUUGCCCCGAUCUCCUCCGCCCAUUCCGCCGAUUCUGACAGAGGGAACGGGGCGUUCGUUACUUGAACCGAAGCGAACCAGUGGAGGUCGUCUUCGGUCCCCAGCUCCGAGUCCUGUCCCAUCCCCAGUGGCCAGUCCUACACCCAGUCCUUCAAGGAGUCGCUUCGUAGUGUCCAUUGUACCAGAAGCUUCAUUGAGUUCAACUAACUCGUCAGCAUCCUCAUCGCCGAUUACACCACCCUCGUUAGGAUCAUCCCCGACACGUUUCUUCCCUGCUGGAUCAUCCAGGUUCCGUGUCACUGUGGUAAAAUUGGCUGAUCCUGUCGCUAAACCGAAAUCAGUCGUCGCCUCGACUAAUGCUAACGUCACCGUGGGAUUCAAGUACAAAGUGGACGAUCCUGAACACCAAGAAGGUGAUGACGAUGUGUUCAAGGCUGAGGAGGAUGUGUCCGAGACGGUACCGGUAGAAAAAGUCGUUCCGGAUAGUACCAGUGAUGUGACUGUUAGGGUUAGGAAGACUGGGGAUAAUCGUUGCGUAGUGAAGGAUAUUAUAAAUAAUGAGACUGAGAAAAAGAACGAGAGUUCAAAAGUUAAUUCAAUUGAGCCUGAAUGUUUACCGGAAAUGCAGGAACCUCAUGAUAGCGAUACUACUUGUCAGUCUCGUACAGGCAACCAAAGUGAGAGUCCUUCCGGCGACGUUAAGAACCCGGAUGGCAUCUUCAACGAGGCAAACUCCACGUCCAGAAAAUCAUCCCUUCAAAAGCACACGUCGAGUCUGGAGAAACUCCUUGGUUUGUUCCAGCAUCCAGGAAGUCUCUUUUGCAACACAGGAGUCGAUAAAGUAGACAUGAAGAAUACUCUUCAGGGCGGUGUAAACAGUAUGGUGGCACUUGGUGAUAAAUUUCAGCAGUAUCUUCGCGAUGGUCGUGGUACUUCCGGCGGUAGGGAAUCAUCGCCGCAGCCCCCGCUUCAAAGAUCCUCCUCGGACGCCAGUCAGCAGCCUAUCAAACAGGACCCAGUGAAGUCGAUGAGCGUGCCACAGCUGUCUAAUAUCCAAGCCCUGACCAAUGUGUUCGCCUCAUGUAAAUUGGAACCGGACGGGAAGCUUCUUCAAGACGAGAAGGACUCUAAUUGCAAUGGGAAUCUAAUCUGCACCAGCCGUUCCAGUACGGAUCAGAGUCCUUUCAGGAGGUUAUCCGUCCUGGUUGAUAAUCAGAACAACGAAAACACAACCACCACCUGUCAAAGGCGGGAGGACGAGACAACAAUCAGUAGGUUUAGUGAUCAUCAUCAACAUGCGUUACCUGAAAAUGUGCAAUCAAAAGAAACCGCCAGGUUGACGAGUGGCGACGAGUCGACCGCACCGACGGAAGUAACAGACUCCGAUAUUGUAAAUAAUAGUGUUACACUCGCGGAUAUCAAACCAACGAGCCUGUGCAGUGUGCCCAAGCUAAUGGAUAUCCCGGAGUAUUCAGUACUAGAGAUAAGCGACGAGCAGAAAGUGACCGAAGAGGUCGUGGGUGAACCGGAAGUUAUAUGUGAUAGCAGCCAGGCGGACAGUAUUAAUACACCUAGUGAUAGGCAUUCUUCUUCACCUUGUAAAAUACCGCGUGAUAUACGGAACCUAGAUAGUGUUGUAGAUACAUUAAAGAAGUGCGAAGUCACGGAGACCGUUUCUGAUCAUCACAAGGAUGCUGAUCUGGUAGAAACUGAAUGCUCCGUGGCUCAAGUGCUAAAUGAUAGUUUUAAAGACGACGCCCUUAAGGCCGAGGAGAAGACUCAGGGCUCAGGAUCCAAUGUCCUCGAGGAUGAUUUUAAAACGAAUAUUCAAACCUCUACGAAGCUCGUCGAUAAGGUAGAGGACAUGGUGAAACCUGUAGUCUUCGAAAGGUCCGACACAGAUGAUCUUAUAUUCAAUAUGACGGAUAUCUCUGCGGAUACGACCUUUCUGGAAGAUGAUCUCUCGUCCCCGGGUGGGAAUCUCGGCGGAGUUCCUGAGGAUAAGAAAUCAUCAACUGCCAAUCUCUACAUCGAGAAGUCUAAGGAUGUUCAUAGAAACAGUCAUGACUCCGGAAUUGAGGAGACGAAUGCUUCAAUAUCCGAAGACGUACCUGUACCUGAGAGUCCAGCACAACCUAGGGAAAGCUUCCAGGAGAGUGUGGACUCAGGAAUUGAUUCCGAGUGUUCCUCAGUCGGUACCAGGAUAGACUCUACCGCAGAUUCACUAAAGGAUCAGAUGCUUGAACAAGGAGCUGAUAAAUCUUUAUCCCAGGCUUCAGAACAGUCACCAGUCAAGAGUCUGAAUCCUAUAGAAGAGUCUAAUUUCACCCUGGAUCGCAAGACUUUAAUUAAAACCGAGAGUCACACUCGGGUAGAGAUAGUGAAAACCAUGGUGGUAACUAGUGUAUGCACUAUAGCCGAGAAUAAGGUGUCCGACGUGGAAGUCGAUCCAGAGGAACAGCUCAGUACAAAGGUCAGGGACAGCGAGAAGUCCGCUUGUACCAAGAGGUGAGUAAUUCGCCUCAGUAAGGAACAGAAAAUGAAAAAGAAGUCUAAUUUCGCGCAUAUAAAUUUUUCUAAAUGCCUUCUCCGCCAUCUUAUUGUUUUUUUUGUUAUUUAUCUCUUGAAAAGUAUAAAGCGUCUUAAUAUCUGCGUUUUAAAAGCUUGCAUGAAUAUAAUUUAUACACUGAACUGUUGGGAAUGGCCUCGCCAGCGAGCAUGUACAUACAGUCUGUGAAUAUUUCUCACACGCUAAAGAGAGGCUUUCUCACUGUAAAAUAAAUAUACAUAUUAAAAUGAAAACUAGAUAGCAGAAAAUAAUAAUCGAUCAAAUGAUUGCGGCUCUAUAUGCCUAAUCCAAUUAAUAAUAGCCAUCGCUUAGCGCUUCUUCUUAAUGAUAACUUCUUGUCAGGAAGAUAAAGGAAAAAAAACCGCCAUCCUUACUUCUACUCAGAAAGGGAUUGCUAUGUAAUGUUGAGAAGAAAAAAAAAGAAUAGGAAAAAUAAUUUAAUGUACGUGGAUUGACACAAGCAAGAUAUACAUAGAUACUUGUUCCAAUAGACACUAUGCCUAUUGGAUCUCUGACCGUUUUGUAUUUAUAUAAAGCGCACAAUUAACAUUAUUUUAAAUCUUUGAUACCUGGAGACAUUUUAUUAUUCUUUAUCUUUUUCUUUCUUUCUGUAUACGGUUGUUAUAUAAUAAAUGUGCCUUUGAGCGCCUCAACUUUA